AUGGAGGCAGAAAACAACGGCAAAACUUCAGCAGCAUAUCCAAUGAAUAGUGGAGAUGGCCCCUAUAGCUAUGCCAAUAACUCCAUUUCCCUGGGAGUAGUCAUAGAUCAUAUAAGAGAAAUUAUGAUCAAGGACAUUUCCGAGAAGCUAGAAAUCACUCCUUCAAAACCCUUUUGGAUUGCAGAUUUAGGUUGCUCCAUUGGACCUAAUACUUUCUCUGCAGUGAAAAACCUUAUUGACUCUGUGGAGUUUAAGUAUCAAAGUUCACAAGAAACCACCACUACUACUCAAUCCGAACUCCCUCAAUUCCAAGUCUUCUUCAACGAUCACACCUCAAACGACUUCAACAUGCUUUUCAAGUCCCUUCCCGGAGACCGGCGUUACUACGCCGCCGGUGUACCGGGAUCAUUUUACGGACGGAUUUUUCCCGACGCUUCGCUUCACUUAGUUCAUUGUUCUUUCUCUCUUCAUUGGCUUUCUCAAGUGCCCAAAGAAUUAAGGGACAAAAGCUCUCCUGCAUGGAACAAAGGGAGAGUUCAUUACUCCAACUCUGGAGAUGAAGUGAUUAAGGCCUAUAAAGCUCAGUAUGAAAAGGACAUGGCACUGUUUUUGAAAGCUAGGGCACAAGAGAUUGUGUGUGGAGGGUUGAUGGUGCUUAUCAGUCUUGGUAUUCCAAGUGGAGUUCAUCAUUCUGAAGCUGGAGGGAAUAGGGGCUUUGACCUUGUUGGAUCUUGCCUCAAGGAGAUGGUUGAGAAGGGAAUUGUAAGUGAGGAAAAGUUUGACUCCUUCAACAUACCAACUUAUUUGAUGACUCCCCAAGAACUUGAAACAGCAGUGAAGGAAAAUGGAAGUUUUGCAAUAGAGAGAUUAGAAGUAUUACCUCAUGUGAAAGUGAAUGGAGUUGCCCUUAAUUCCCAUCAAGUUACAUUUUGUGUGAGAUCUACUCUUGGGGAACUAAUCAAGGAACACUUUGGAGAAGAGACCAUUGACCAGCUAUUUGAUUUGUACUUUCAGAAAGUGGAAGAGAUACAUCCAAGUUCUAUUGCUGAAGCAGUGAAAACAUUGAGCUUUCUAGCUGUGCUUAAGCGCAAGCCAAUAAAACAUUAA